CAGAUAGAAGUGAAGAAAAAAACUAACGACUUUGAUAAGUUCAUUCGUUGAGCGUAUUUUUGGUAUAAAUACGGUAUCAAAACUGUGAUAAAGCAUAGAAAGCAUUUUGUGCUCUUGUGAUCAAAAACAAAAAAUCAACCAAAAUGAAAUUCGUUGCCAUUGCAUUGUUCGCUGUCGUAGCUGUUGCCUACGCUCAACACCCAGACGCUCACGCUGAAACUGUUCGCAACGAUGCCACCGUCAACGUCGACUCUUACAACUAUGCUUAUGAGACCUCAAACGGAAUUGCCGCCAAGGAACAAGGCCAAUUGAAACAAAUCGGUUCAGAAUCAGGCAUUGCUGCUCAAGGCGAUUAUAGUUACACUUCACCAGAAGGCGAGAAGAUCCAAUUACAAUACGUUGCUGAUGAAAAUGGUUUCCAACCACAAGGAUCACAUUUGCCAGUCGCCCCAGCUAUUCCAGACCAUAUCACUCGUGCUUUGGAAUACAUCCGUUCCCACCCAGCUGCUCAACAAUUCUAAACUUGUAUAGCAUGUGAUUCCAUUGUAGAAAAAAACCCUCAAAACGAUAAUAGACAAACACAAAUCGUAAGACUUGCAGCUGUUACACCAAAAUGGUUGCAUUUUUUGCGAUCAUCACCCAAAAAAUACUUAUUGAAAUAAAGUUUAACUGCCUUUUUCCUCGCAUCUACUUUGAAUUUUU